AUGAGUCUGGUGAGGAACUUUCCCUCGGAGUCUAUCAUUCUGGCAUUGUGGUCUACCGCGGCCGACUACGGAUGCAGCAUUUCUCCUGGCCUUACAUCGUUGAAAUGUCUCACAAAGGCAAAGAAUUUACCCUAACAGUUCGGUCGCCGCAACCCGUCAACGUGGAUCCAGUUUCGGGUGAAGCGACCCAAAAAUCUGCUAAGCCGUCUUCUCCGGUUUCAAAAACUGGCAGUAGGAGCCGUUCCAGAUCCAAAAAACCCCAUGGCCAUGUAAAAGACAGAGUCCUCACCUUUAAGUGUGCUCACCCGGCCCUCGCUAAACGGCUUUAUGAAGUAGUAAUCGAGCAUCAUGCUUUUUACCGACUUCGGGAACCCAGCGGGCCACGCCGAUCAAACCUUCUACCUGGAUUUGACACCAGAAAGUACCACUACAGCAGCCGUCAGAGAGUGUUUGAUGAAAACGGCAGUAGCCUGCUUCGGAGGCCGAGCAGUCGAGAAGCCACACCGAAGGGGCACGUGCGACGAGUUACGGCCCAGCGUCGACCGGAACAGUACGGUAAGUUGUUAAGUCAAGAAGUACUCCUGCAUGUUUUUCCUUAG